GGAGGGGGGAAGGGGGUGGCAGGACACCAGCUGGGAGACAGGGGCCUCAGGGGCCAGGAAUGGGGUUCCUGGGUGCGGCGCUGAUUUUCCUGGCGCAGUUCUGGGCCCCACAAGGAGCCACAGGCCUGAGUGUGCAGCAGGCACCCAAGUGGCUGCAGGCACGGCAGGACGGCCAGGUGACCUUGGUCUGCCAGGUGGGGCAGGCCCAGGCCUGGGAGCAGCUCCGUGUUGAGUGGACCAAGGAUGGUGACACCUUGUGCCAGACACAGGUCACCAAUGGCAGUCUCAGCAUGGGUGUCUGCGGGCCCCGGGGCUGGCUUUCCUGGCAGCAGCCUGGCAAUCUCACCCUGCAGCUGGAUCCUGUGAGUCUUAACGACAGCGGGCUUUAUGUGUGCUGGGCAACUGUGGAGAUCCCUGGGCUAGAGGAGGCCCAGGGCAACGGGACGCAGCUCCUGGUGGAGACAGACGGCUCUCUACUGAACCAGGGCGUCUCAGGACUUUUCUUCGCGCUGCUGGUGACCGGGGUUGUGGCCGUUGCCGCUUUUGCUCUAGGAGCCUGGGUCUGGGCCCGCUGCUGCCGUCGACAUAGGGAAGCAGGGAAUCCACUCUACAGCAACGUCUUAUACAAGCCUCGGAGGGCCCCAAGGAAGAGUGAGGCAUGGCCUGUGGAGGGGAAGGUGCUGGACAUCCCCAGAGAGGAUCAGAAUGGCCAAAGCUUCUAUUCGAUCUCUUUACCCCAGCACCCCACUGCCAAGCAGCAUCUAGCUCCCAAAUCUUGCCCCAGGCCCAGUCCCCCCAUCUCUGUGUUCAGAGUUUCUCCUGCCUCAGGCGCCUCUGGGCAGCCAAGAGAGUUCCUUGAAGCGAGAAAAGGAAUCAGAACCCCCAGAGACCAGAGAGGACCCCCCCAGCGGCUACGUAAAGAUGCAACUGAUUCCAGCGGGUCAGGGAGUCCAGCCUGAGACCCUGUGCUCACUUCCUCUCCCUUAUCCCCAGAACACCAAAUAAAGGCUCAUGAAGAAAGCAAA